AGGAGGAGGAGGAGGAGGUGACGCCAGCAGAGGCUGCAGAGAUGCUAACAGCACCGACACACAAACACACUCUAACAGGAGCUAAAUGCUAACACUGCUAACACACACACACAGAGACAGACAGACAGACAGGUGGAGGCAGACAGACAGGUGGAGGCAGACAGACAGGCGGAGCCAGACAGCUGCUGAUGCUGCAGCACUCUGACACACUGAGCUGCAGUGAAGCUAGCUGCUGUUAGCAUGCUGAGCUAAUCUACUGACACAGCCAUGAACGGUGGGAGGCUUCCUAUUGGACGUGUGUGUUUGUGUGUGUGCAGGUCCAGAUGUAGUCAAAGUUCAGGUUGACUGACGGCUCAGUGGCAGGGGGCGGAGCCUGCAGGUGGAGGUGGUGAUGUCAAAGCGAGGAGCAGGGGGGCGGGGGAAGGGGGAGCGACCGGACGCCAUGACAACCCUUCAGGCAGCCAAUGAGGAGCUUCGAGCCAAACUGACCGACAUCCAGAUCGAACUACAACAUGAGAAGAACAAGGUCAGCCGUCUAGAGAGGGAGAAGAGUCAGGAGCUGAGGGCGGAGCAUCACCGAGCAACCGUCGCCGUGACGGAGCUGAAGACCAAACUCCACGAGGAGAAGCAGAAGGAGCUGGCGGUAACCAGGGAGACGUUACUACGGCAACAUGAGAUGGAGCUCAUGAGGGUCAUCAAGAUCAAAGAUGGAGAAAUCCAGCGUCUGAAUGGGCUGGUGCUGACGCUGAGGGACGGAUCCACGGACAAGGUGAGGAGCGCCCUGCUGGCUGAGGUGGAGGACGCCAGAAGGAGCUGGGAAGCAGAGCGCUGUCGCUUCCAGCAGGAAGUUCAGGAACUGCGAGGAGCAAAGAGGAGCGCUGAGGAAGCUCUGACAUCCGCUCAGCAGGCCUGCCAGGCCCGAGCAGCCGAGCUCCGAUCAGCUCAUCACCAACACCAGGAGGAGCUGAACCGAACCAAGAGAGACUGUGAGCGGGAGAUCCGCCGACUGAUGGAUGAGAUAAAGCUGAAGGACAGGGCGGUCAGCGUCCUGGAUAAGGCGUUGGGGCUGCAGGCUGGCCACGCCCACCGGCUGCAGCUGCAGACUCAGGCAGCCGAGCAGCAAAUCGCAGCCCUGAGAGACGCUCAGAGGGCGGGGCUUAACCACCCCACGCCCAACCCCCCCUCUAACAGCACGCCUCUCAUUUCUCAGGAGGAUCGAGACACUCGCAGGUUUCAGCUGAAGAUCGCUGAGCUGAGCGCCGUAGUCAGGAAGCUGGAGGACCGAAACGCUCUGCUGUCUGAGGAACGCAACGAGCUGCUGAAGCGUCUGAGGGAAGCUGAGAGUCAAUUUCUUCCUCUUCUGGACAAAAACAAGCGUCUGAGCAGGAAGAACGAAGAGCUGGCUCUCGCUCUGCGUCGCCUCGACAACAAGCUUCGCUUCGUCACCCAGGAGAACCUGGAGAUGGUAACUAUGAGGAGGCCGAGUUCAUUGAAUGACCUGGACCGCAGCCACUCCACCAGUUACCAUGGUUACAGCCAGGAUGAGAGGGAGAUGGAGUUUCUACGGUUACAGGUGCUGGAGCAGCAGCACAUCAUCGAGGACCUGUCCAAGGCUCUGGAGACAGCCGGCUAUGUGAAGAACGUUAUUGAGAGGGACAUGUUACUGCGAUACCGACGCCAGGACUCGGUGAGGAGGAAACGGACCUUCAGAGCCUGCAGGGUGAUUGAGACGUUCUACGGUUAUGAUGAAGAGGCAUCUGUGGACUCUGAUGGAUCGUCUUUAUCGUUUCACACCGACAGAACCCCAGAUACAGAACCAGAGGAGGUGUGUGUACGUGAGGAGGCGGAGCUUCGGUACCGUCAGCUGACUCAGGAGUAUCAGGCACUGCAGCGAGCCUACGCUCUAUUGGCCGAGACCAGCGGAGGGAACUACGAUGCUGAGAAGGAGAUCAAGACCAGAGAACAGCUGCUGGCCGAGAUCAGUCGGUUCCAGACCCGGGUAGCAGAUCUGGAGUCGGCGCUGAAACAACAAGGACUGGAUGUGAAGUGGGUGGAGGAGAAGCAGCUGCUGUAUCAGAGGAACCAGGAGCUGGUGGAGAAGGUGAGGCAGAUGGAAGGAGAAGAGCUGCGACUGCAAAACGACAUCCAGGACGUCAGAGACCAGAAUGAGCUGCUGGAGUUCAGGAUCCUAGAGCUGGAGGAGAGAGAGCGACGCUCACCUGGCAUGAACUUCCCACAACUACAUUUCCCAGAAGGCCUCAGUCCUCUGCAGAUCUACUGUGAGGCAGAGGGAGUCACUGACAUUGUGAUCAGUGAGUUGAUGAAGAAGCUGGACAUUCUGGGAGAUAACGCCGUAAGUACUCUGUCCAAUGAGGAGCAGGUGGUGGUGAUUCAUGCCAGGACGGUGCUGACUCUGGCAGAGAAGUGGCUGGAGUCCAUUGAGGUGACCAGGUCGGCUCUGCAGCAGAAGAUGUUGGACAUAGAGAGUGAGAAGGAUCUGUUCAGUAAACAAAAAGGAUACCUGGAUGAAGAGCUCGACUACAGGAAGCAGUCCAUGGAUCAGGCCCACAAGAGGAUCGUGGAGCUGGAGGCCAUGCUGUUUGAGGCUCUGCAGCAGGAGGAGGAGUCCAGGAUGGAGGGUUUGAAGAUGGAGGAGGGCCGACUGUCCGAGACGCUCACUGAGGAGGAGAGGGAGGAGCUAAGGAGGGCCAUGGACCAAUGGAAACGCACCGUGAUGUGUGAGCUGAGAGAGAGAGACGCACAAAUCCUCAGAGAGAGGAUGGAACUACUGCAGCUCACCCAGCAGAGGAACAAGGAGCUGGAGGAGUUUAUAGAAGCACAGAAGCGACAGAUCAAAGAGCUGGAGGAGAAGUUUCUAUUCCUGUUUCUAUUCUUCUCUUUGGCCUUCAUCCUGUGGUCCUAGUAGCAGUCCAGCAGCUGGACCUCAGGCUCGGUCCGGAUCGGACAGGUGGGUCAGAAGAUGUCCUGCCUGAGCCUUCCCUGCUGUCAGCCAACCAGAGCACAGACCUGCCAUCAGCUGAGUCUGCAGCUGCUGCAUCACACCUUCCCAGAAUGCCGCUGUGCUGUCGGGAUGAUGGGUGGUUUCCAUGGUAACAGAAGGACACUGUUCAGACUGAAGGAUCAGCUGAGUCACUCAAACUGGUGCUGGACUCCUGAUGCUAGCAGAGCUAGCUGUUAGCUUGGCUAGCAUAUUUUAAACUUGACCAGCUGAGUUUUCUGGUUCCUGCAGUCAACUCAGCUGGUUGGUGGACUGGGUCUGAAGGAGGGAACUAGCAGAGCUCCAUCUGAAGCCCAGCAGAGGGUGCUACGUUCAAUGGAGAACAUCUGUAAAAACACAGAUGGAGAACAUCAGCAGCCGUCCUGAUAGAAGUUCAAGUUAAUUAUUCUUUGUUCUGACUGGCUGUCAGGAUUAACGCCGUAGAGGUAAAGGAGAUAAAGUUACAGUCUGCAACCUGCCUGGUUCUCCUGGGACCAGAAGCUGAUGAAGGAAACAUCUUCAGGAGGUCUUCUGGGGGUUGAAGCUGUGAGGAGAACCAGAGAACUCUCAGAACAAAACUACAGAACCAAACAAAAUUGUGUUCCAUGUCUGUCCAGGUUCAGGUGAUCCAGACUAACCAGGUCCAGAUGAUCCAGACUCACCAGGUCCAGGUGAUCCAGACUAACCAGGUCCAGGUGAUCCAGACUAACCAGGUCCAGGUGAUCCAGACUAACCAGGUCCAGGUGAUCCAGGUUGUUGGUGCAGUUUGACAGAGUAGCUCGCUAACCCUGAUGGAAUAAAGUACAGCGUGAGGUGACUGAGUGAUGGAGGAUAAUUUCACAGAACUAAAGGAGAAUAAAUGAUUAUAUCACUCUAUAUGAUUCAUUAGAACUUUAUGAAAUUAUGCACCUUUUUAUUCUGCUGCUGGAAAUAAAAACUGAAACUACAGUUCAAAUAAAAAGUUUACAUAUAAAAAAUUUCUUGCUAUUUUGUACUUUGGUUAAUUUUAAAGUCAACUUGUCUGUUGGGGUUUUUGUUUGUUUGUUUUUAAGAUUUUCAGGUUUGUGAGAUUCACUUUCCGUCUUCAGUUUGAUGUCAGCAGUUUGUUCUUUCAGUGCCAAACUGACUGAUUAUCUUUGGAGGUGGAGUAAAGAGAACAUCAGCAGUUCCAGUGUUCUUCUGUGUGAAUUAUCUUCUGCAAGCAUCCUCAGUGUUUACCUGAACAGGUUCAGCCUGAGGAGUCUGUUGCUGUUGUUUUAAACCUGGAUGUUGUACUUUUAUUAUUCCAGAUGAUAUUUUUCUAUCCUUCCUGUGAGUCGGAGCUCUGUGAACAUCUGAGGAGAAGAUUGGCAGUUUAAUGUGAUUAAAAAUGGUAGACACCACAAUGAA